UGACACUGCUAAACCCUCAUAUCAACACUAACCCCACACAAACCAUCAGCUUAGGAGAUGAACCUGCUAGCACGAGGAGUGCUCCUAACCUGGACCACUCUCUGUGGGGUCACCUCUCUGACGGGGAACAUUGUAGUGCUCAUCUCCUCUCUCAAGUACAGAGCUAUAUCCCUAGACAAGGUCUCAGUGUGUCUCAUCUGCCAUCUAGCUGCCUCGGAUUUGAUCUACACUUGCAUCUACAUCCUUCCUACUAUACUCACUAUCAUCUGUGAUAGGUGGGUCUACGGGGAUUUCCUCUGUGUUGUGUCUCCCUACGUAGCCCUCUACUCCGCAACCGUUUCUACUCUUAUCUUGUGUGGGCUAGCUCUCAGCAAGCUUACAUGUCUGAUCUGGCCCUUGAGAGCAAUGGUGAGGUCGACUAGAACGGGCAAGGUUAUUGCAGGAAGUAUUUGGGCUGUCUCCAUUCUGCCGUUCUUACCCUUCAUGCACAGCGGUUUACAGUACUACCAAAAGAUGAUGUUCAGGUGCAUUUCCAGUGAAGCAUCGGUAGAGAGCGGAGAGAUUGAAGAGUGGUCGAGAUGGGCAGCUAUUGGAGCUGCAUGCUUCGCAAUAUAUUUGCCAGUUUUAACUGUAACUUUCACAACCAUCAAGAUGAUCUUCUUUGUAAAAAAAGUGAGUGGAAUUCAAAAGCAGGCAGUAAUGACAAUGAUCGCAAUUUCCUGCCUUUUCUCGGUCUCUUUACUUCCCUAUGGUGUAGAGAUGACUCUAAAAGCCACUAUCAAUGAAUACCCACAAGUCCUGACAACAUUUACAACUUUCAUCGUUUUCCUCAACUACACGUGCAAUCCUGUCGUUUAUUACUUCACCAUCAAGAGCUUCAAAAGGUUUGUACAAAAGCAUUUGAACGUUAUGAGGAUCAGUAUGAAAAGCAAGAUGGACAAGGCUGAAUUGCCGAUGACACAGCAGUCUGGCGUUAUGCCAAGCCACCAAGACAUCACAAUUAAAGUGCUGAGGAACUAG